AUGUGUCCAAUCUGGAGGCUCCUGGUCCUCCUCAGCUUGCUGUCCGUGCCCUCAGCACUGCACAAGCAGCCCUGGCGUGGCCUGGCCAAGGCCCACAUGGACAGCAAACCAGCUCUGGCGAGAAUUAUUCCCCAGGGCCUCAUGAAGCACAACGCAGAGGGCCGAAUCCAGAACCUCCGCCUCAUGGACAGUCUGAAUGCCUCAGGGCAGAUGGCCCCAGGGAUGGUGGGCUGGCUAAUAAGCGGCAUGAGCCUCCAGCAUCAGCAAGAAAGCAGCGCCAACAUCACCAACAUUCAGUUAGACUACGGUGGGAUCCGGACGUCUUUCCAUAAGGAGUGGUUCUCAGCAAACAUCUUACUUGAAUUUGACAUUGACUUGAGACUGCCUUUCAAUAACAAGAUUAUAAAGACACAUGCAUGCAUGAACCUCGCUGUGGAGUUCUGGCUGGAGAAAGACGAGUUUGGCCGGAGGCAUCUGGUGAUAGGCAGUUGCUCUGUGGAGCCAAGCAGCAUCUACACGACAGUGCUAACCGAAGAUAUCUCACCAAAGAUGAAACAUUUUCUCCGUAACUUCAGGGGGAACCUGGCAAAAGUUAUCCCACACCUAGUGGAAAGUCAGGUGUGUCCUCUGAUCGGUGAAAUCCUCAGACAGCUGGACGUGAAACUGCUGAAGAGCCUCAUGGAACAGGCUUCUGCUCAUAAACUCAACCAACUAUGA